AUGGUGAAUCCGAACGAAUUCAAAGUUGUGCAGCUGAAGGAUGCGUUGCAGAAAAUGGGAUUGCCUACAACAGGAACGAAGACGGAAUUGUUAAACAGGCUUCAGGAAGCGGAUCCAGAAGGUGCGUGGAUGCAAAAUCUGAAUAUGUUGCCUUCCGAAGAUGCGACACAGCAAAACGCACCACAAGAGGCUGCGCCACCAACAGUCGAGAACCGUGAAGGUGACAGGCUGGCUUACGAUUACCAAUUUUUGUUAAGGGAAAGAGAAUUGAUGGAAAGAGAACUCAGAAUAAUGCAAAGAGAGAAUGAACCACUACGAAAUCCAUCCCGAUCGAGCAACAGUACGACUGACUCGAGAAUUGGAAUAAAAGCAGUGAGUGAUGUGCUCAGUGAUUUUGAUGGCGUCAACGAGUUGUUCAGUAACUGA